CACCUCGCCCGUCAAGAAGGGUCAAAGUGGGUAGAGGUUACCAAAGGUGCAUCGCUGCUUAGCAACAUCAAGACGAAAUACUCAGAAUGCCAUCUUCCGGUCAAGGCCCGCGUGUUCUGUAUUGGUUCAGGACAGACCUGCGCCUUCACGACUCGCCAGCUCUUGCAAAGGCGUUGUCCCUGUCUCCUUCGGCCCUCUUUCCGAUCUUCAAUUGGGACCCCAAUUACAUCUACGGUCAUCGGGUAGGAAUCAAUCGUUUCAGAUUCUUGCUAGAAUCUCUGCAAGACCUCAGCAAUGAGAUCAAGAAGCUCAACGGCGACAGCCAGCUUUUGCUGACACGCGGAGCUCCCCAGACUCGCAUUCGAGAGCUUUGCGAGAAAUGGCAGAUCACUCACGUCGCCUUUGAGGAGGACCACAAUGCCUAUGCCAGACAUAGGGAUGCAGCCGUCGUCGAGUCUCUCAAGGCGGCCAACAUAGAGGUGAUCAGUCAGGAGGGCCGACACCUGUACCCUAUCAAGGAGGUACUGAAGAACACGAAGGGACAGCCCCCUACAAGUAUGAGUCAGCUCCAGAAAGCGGUCGCAAGCCUCGGCGAUGUCGCACAGCCAGCCGAGACACCCACGUCACUUCCCAGUCCUUGCCCUCCUGGCUCUGACAAGGCUGACAUCAAGAAGCUUUUCGACCUGAUCAGCGACUUGUCAUCGUACAAGGAGGAAGUCGGUACACCCGAUGUUGACCUCAAUGCGGCGGAGCUCGGCGGUCAGCGAAAGUCAGGCCCGGAUGGUGAGGUCACAUCCUACGACACGGUUGCAGCUGGGGAGAAGUCAAAGUACAAGGAAGAAAAGAGCCCUUUUGCUGUCCCCACUCUUGCCUCGCUAGGCAUGGAAGAGCCAGAGGUCAAGCUCGCCGAACCAAUCCGAGGCGGUACUACAGAAGCUUUGCGCAGGCUCAAGAAGCUCACCGAAGACCCUGCCUACUUGUCCACCUUUGCAAAGCCUCAGACCUCGCCGUCUACCGACCCUGAUGCGCCAAGCACUACCCUUCUUUCGCCAUACAUCAAGUUUGGCUGCCUCGGAAUUCGUCACUAUUGGCAUACGGUCAAGGAGACGAAGAAGAAGCACAAGGGUGCGAAAACUGACGUUCCUGAAGGCAUGGAGGGACAGCUCCUAUUCAGGGACAUGUAUGCGGUCUGCGAGGCUGCUGUUGGCGAUGCCUUCCACGGUGUGCGGGGCAACAAGAUCUCCCACUACAUGGAUUGGUAUCUGCCGACCGUCUACGACAAGGAUGGCAAGCAGGUGGAGCCGAGGCCUCGUGGUGACGAUGUCUCCGAAGAGCGCCUUCGUACCUUCAAGGAGGGUCAGACUGGCUUCCCCUGGAUCGACGCCCUCAUGCGGCAGUUGCGGAUGACCGGUUGGAUCCAUCAUUUGGGGAGACAUUCGGUCGCUGCAUAUCUGACUCGAGCCCAGUGCUGGAUCUCUUGGGAGCGAGGAGCUGAGAUCUUCCAUGAAUUCCUGAUAGAUACCGACGAUGCGUCGAACGACGGUAACUGGAUGUGGUUAUCAGCGUCUGCCUUCUUUUCCCAGUAUUUCCGAGUCUACGGCCUGACCACGUUCCCUGCAAAGUAUGACAAGCAUGGCUAUAUCGUGAGGAAGUACUGCCCGGAGCUCAAGGACUUCCCAGACAAGUACAUCUAUGCCCCUCACACAGCACCGAAGGAGGUUCAGGAGAAGGCCAAGUGUAUCAUCGGCAAGGAUUAUCCGUUCCCUGUGCUGGAUGAGAAGGAAGAGAAGAAGCACUGCCUGGAUCGUUGCAAGGCCGCGUAUGACUCGAAGCUGUUCGGCAACAGCAAAGAGGUGCUGGAAGGCAAGGCCGAGGGUAUGCUACGCAAGAAGCAUGGAGUGCCGGACCCCAAGAACUUCAACUACAAGGAGAAUGCUGCCAAUAAAAUUCGAGCAAGGACAGGCAGGCGCCGCCGCCUUCUUUUCCCCACCCCGAGCACGCCAUAGCUAAUCUACCUUGCCUCUUCAGUCCCGCUUGGGCUCGAGCAGGUCAUGAAGGCAAUCCUGGUCUGGCCAAGGGCGGCAACCCGGGCGACUCUGUGUCUGGCCAGAACAACGCCACCAAUCACGAAGACGAGCACGAAGAGGAUCCCGAUGAAAUGCACGGCCACGAAGCUGAUCUUCACGACGAUGGGGAGGAGGCGCCAUCGGAUGACAAGGCUGACGUCAAGGGUGGCCACGCCCAAUCGCCAGCUGGGGGCACUAAACGGAAAGGUGGGAGUUCGGCAGAUGUCGAUGACUCGCCAAAGAAGACGAAGACGAAAAAGUCAAGUUAGGGAGGAGACCAUUGAUACCAGGACAUGUUUGACAGGUAUGGUCUGGCGCAAGGCGUCGCACAGCAUAGACAUUGCGACAUCUGAUUGCGAAAUCAAAGAUAAGGCCUAUGUACUGCUACAGCCUUCGGGUGAAACAAAAAGGCCGAUGCAGGUUGUGUUCCUGAUCCAU